AUGCCAGUUGUCCUGCAAGCCCACCCGACAGCACGCGACACAGCAGCGAGUGAGACCCGAGUGUCCGCGGGGACAGUCCUCGUCGCAGUCCCCUGUCUCGCCCAGGUCCUCCUCGGCGCCGAGAAGGGGCGGCGGUGCGACUGCUGUCUUACACCCGAGGAGGCCGACCUCCGCCUGCGACGAUGCAGUGGGUGUGGGUCGUACUGGUACUGCGACGCUCAAUGUACUCAAGGCCAGCAUGCCCACUGGCCUGUCCACAAGAAAUACUGCUCGAACUUUCCGCGCUACACCUCCUCGCCCGCAUUCGCACAGCUCCAAACACACCAGAAACUUGACGCCGUCCUCCUCACUCACCUCCUCGCUGAAUUCGCUGCAACCGACACAUCGAGCGAGGAGCUCGCCACGUUUGCGUCUCUCCUCCCAGGGCCCGUCUCGGGAUUGUCCUGUCCUCCAACAUGUCCACUCACGACCAGUCGCAAGCCCAGUCAUUCUGCGACCGAGCUGUACAGGCGAUGCGGGAACAACAACUUUGCCAUUCACAGUCACUUCACCACAAUUGCACAUGGCAUAUUUCCCCUUGCAAGCCGUCUUUUCAACCACUCGUGUCUCCCGAACGCGUUCCCAAAGUACACGUUUGAUCGACAACACCGGGUACAGAUGUCGAUCGUCGCCAUGCGCGAUAUCGAAGCAGGUGAACAAAUUUGCAUAUCCUACGUCGACCCUGCCCUUCUGGAUACUCGUCACCAAAUCUUCCAGUUCACCUACGGGUUUACGUGUACCUGUCCUUCCUGCACCGCCCUCUCCAUCAUCAGAAGGACAUCUUCGCCUCCCCCUAUCUCCGAGGCAGACAUCACAUCCCUCAGUACACGUCUUGUUAACCACGUCUUUCCGCGCCUCUCAUCCUCCGACUUGUCCAUCGCCCUCCCAUCUACUCUGCCCUCUCUGGCUACUCUCCCGCCCUCGCUACACGUAGCACUGCAUGAAUCCUUUUUAACGAACCUCACAGACAGAUUCAGCUCUGCCUCACACGAGGGACCAUUCGACGUCGCGUUGGAGAGCGGUCUAGCAGUGCUCGCUUUAUAUGUCCUCAUAUACCCCCCAAAUUAUCCUCAAAUUGGUCUCCACCUCCUCGAGCUGUCCAAAACGGCGUGGAAUGCUCAUGUCACAUCCCCAGAUCUCGGACCGUCCACGUCCAUCACUGAUCCGGUACAUCGCGCACGUGUAUGUCUCGACUUGGCACAACAGGUCUUGCGCAUUGUCGGACCGGAGGGCGAUCCUGGGGGUCCGGCAAAGGAACUUGAGGUGUUGGAGGGGUUGCUGAGCGGGGAUACUUAG